UGUAAGAGGAGUGCACAUUUUGUCUCACCGCAAGAGAGAAGGAUGCGUUUCAACGCAAAACUCUGCAUUAGCUUUAUUCUUUUAUGUCAUAUCCUUGGCUCAUCAGCAAAACCACAUGGGCUUUCACUAAAACAGUCUUUUCUAGAUCGUCUACAUCAUUUUAUAAAGAAUUUUAAGUCUGCUGCUGAGUGCGAUGCUUGCAAAGCCUUCGUGGAUAUUGCUCAAGUUGCCUUCAAAACAAAACCAUCUGAAGACGAUAUCGUUUCCUUUCUUACGAAAGUAUGCAUCAAAAUGAAGAUUGAAGAUAAGACAGUCUGUGAUGGCAUUAUAAAGGAAUUUCGGCAAGAAGUUUUGACAGUUUUUGACGAUUAUUUUAUAAGCUCGAAUGAAAUAUGUGGCUCAUUGCUGGGACCAAGUUGCGCAACGAAACCAAACCCCGAUAUUUUCUGGAAUGUGACUUUUCCCAAAACCCCAAAACCUCCAGUUCGGCCUAUUCCACCUCCAAAGGCUGGUUCACCAGUGAUACGAGUUCUACACAUCUCUGAUAUCCAUCUUGACCCGUUAUACCAAGAAGGAGCCAGUUCUGACUGCGGUGAGCCUCUGUGCUGUCGUAAAACAGACCCACAAGCAGAGCCAGGUAAUGGUGCUGGUAAAUAUGGUGAUUACGCAUGUGAUACACCGCUUAUAACACUUGAAAAUAUGUUGAAACAUAUCAAUGACACCCAAGAGUUUGAUUAUGCACUAUGGACAGGAGACAUUCCUGCUCACAACGUCUGGAACCAAAGCAGAGCUGACCAGCUUCAGGCUUUAGACUAUGCAGUCAAACUGAUACUGGAGUAUUUACCUAAUAAGGUAAUAUUCCCAGCACUAGGCAAUCAUGAAAGUUCUCCUGUUAAUAGUUUCCCACCACCGUCCAUUACUGGACCUGAUUCAAAUCAAUGGUUACGUGAUUCUUUGGCUUCACAUUGGCAUCACUGGUUACCAGACUACACCAUGUCUACUAUCAAAAAAGGUGCCUACUACACUGUAUUGAUAUCUAAAGGUUUAAGAAUCAUUUCACUCAACAUGAAUUACUGCAACAACAUGAACUGGUGGCUACUGCUGAAUGAUGUUGACCCUGCUCAUCAACUCCAGUGGCUUGUGGAUACUCUACAAGAAGCAGAAGACAAUGGAGAAAAGGUUCAUAUCAUUGGUCAUAUUCCUCCUGGAAGCGGUGACUGUCUCAGAGCAUGGAGCUGGAAUUACUACAGUAUUAUCAACCGAUACCAGAGUACUGUCACAGCACAGUUCUUUGGCCACACUCACAAUGAUGAAUUUGAAAUCUUUUAUGAUGAAGAAACAUCCAAAAUCCCCUUGAGUAUUGCAUAUAUUGGUCCAAGUGUGACUCCAUUUCAAGGACAUAACCCAGGAUAUAGGAUUUAUACCGUUGACGGCAACUAUGCAAACAGUAGUAGGGUUGUCCUCGAUCAUGAGACUUACAUUCUUGAUUUGGAAAAGGCUAACAAAGGCAAUGUUACAUGGGAGUUAGAAUACAAAGCCAAGGAGGCGUACAAGAUGAAGUCAUUGCUGCCUGCUGAGUGGGACAAUCUAGUAAACAGAAUGGCUACUGAUAAAGAUUUGUUGGAAAUGGUUUACAAGUAAGUGGACAACUGUCAAAGUUAAGGGCUUCCUUUGUAACGGUCAUCUUGGCCGCUAGGAACUAGUGUCGAGAAAGGAAAAAUAAGAAGAGGAUGCACGCGCCUCCCCUCUCUCGCCCCCAUUCUCCCUCUUUUGACUCACCAAAAAGACAGGAAGCCCGUGAUUGUUAGUGAUGACUGUGGAGGAAGCUAUGUCAAGGUGUAG